UGCUUUUCUAACCAUGACCUCCCCAUCCUCACAAGAAACGAGUAAUUUGCCUCACUCUUCCACGUCCGGCGGGUUCUUUGCCAACCUGUUUAGUCGAACCCAGCGAUAUUCGCCUGAAGAAUGGAAAGAAUUGCUGAAAUCGCAUCCUUAUGUACCACCGGGCAGCGGGGAUGCCCGUUCGCCAUGCCCUUUGCUGAACACGUUUGCCAAUCAUGGAAUUUCUAUCCCUCGGAAUGGACGCAACUUUACCAAGAGACAACUGUAUGAACUUUUAAUCAUUAUGGGCGUCAAAAGCAUGCUAGCAUCGCUGGUUGUGACGUCUGUUUUCGUCAUGUACCGUCAGCCUGCACCCAAUAGCACGUGGAGGGAUUCCUUUCGAUCCGCUUCGACGUUAAGUCUUGAUAGUCUGGGUAUCCACGGUUUGCUCGAACACGAUGUAUCGCUCACACGCCACGAUGCGCAAAUCGCGCCAUACGAUGCGGUCAGCGUCGUACCAGAAUUAGUGCAACAAAUGGCAACGUUAGCUCAGACAUCCCAUCUUAACGCAGAAAAUAUCGUUUUUGAUGACGAAAAUUAUUUUCAUCAUCGUAAAUCCCGAUGGCUAACCUGCAUCAAGGAAAACCCCUAUUUACACUACUCUUUCAUACAGCAGUUCCUAUCCGCGGCCGAGGCUCACCUUCUUUUACAUCUGCUGGGUCGCAAUGAUCAGAUCUCGCUCGAUCACAUGAAUCUGUUUCUCCUCGAUGAGCGGUUCCCUGACAACUGGCAUCCAAUUGACCGGCCUCUCAGUGGAUUGUCCGCUAUUCGAACCAUUAUCCGUUAUUACCGCCGAGUUCGCCAGACCAAUCCCAUGCUGGCGGCUUCAAAAGGCACCGAAUCAUGACUUUUAUAAACUCAAUACUCGCAUAUACUGAUCAUUUUCAAGUAAAUAAAUACACUUGAAAGGCAUUCCGCGAAAUCCAAA